UCUACGUCCCUUCCGGUGAGUGGGGCCUUUUUUGUUUUCCCGUAUCCGCCAUUUCAGUUUUUGAAGUUAGUUGUCAUCAGCGGCUGGUUUGUAGCAACAUUCGUGCCUCUGAAACAAGCUGUAUGAUUGGUAGACCAGCGGGCUGACCACAGACCACACCGGAGGUAUUUUUACAGCGCGGUUUUCCUCCUUUAUCUGCGGAUUGGAGCCCACACGGCCAGCUGCGGAUGUCGCCUGUUUACUGAACGUGCUCUCGGCGCUAAAGUUUUUUGUAUGAGUUGAAGGCUCCGCUUGUGGAUAACAGGAGGGAGAGCAGGGAAGGCCACGGCUAAAGCCUCGGCUUUGUGUUGGUGAUCAUGGCCGGAAGAUUUGACGCGUCGGACCGCGAGAGCUGGUACUGGGGCCGCUUGACCAGAGCGGAGACUGUGUGUAUGCUGCAGGGGCAGCGGCACGGCGUGUUUCUGGUCCGGGACUCCAUCACCAGCCCCGGCGACUACGUGCUGUCGGUGUCGGAGAACUCCAGAGUCUCGCAUUAUAUAAUUAACACGAACAGCCGAAAGCCCGAGCCAGGUUCGCCUCCCCACAAGUUUCGUAUUGGUGACCAGGAGUUUGAGUCUCUUCCCGCUCUGCUCGAGUUCUACAAAAUCCACUACUUGGACACCACCACCUUGAUAGGUCCCAUGAACAAGUCCAAAAACCCCCGCUCCGCACGAGGCGUGGCCAAAGCCCCGCCGCGCCUGGAAGAUGAGUACGUCCGGGGGCUUUUCGACUUCCCCGGCAACGACGAGGAGGAUCUCCCGUUUCGGAUGGGGGACAUUCUCAGAGUACUGGAGAAGCCUGAGGAGCAGUGGUGGAAUGCCCAGAACUCUGAAGGAAAAACGGGGAUGAUCCCAGUCCCGUACGUGGAGCAGUUCAGACCAGCGUCUCCGAGCGCAGUGGCGGGGGCCGGGCUGCCUGCGGUGCCGCCUGCAGGGAACUCGGACAGCUCUGCGGCUCAGUCCGGCGCUCCGUUGACGGGAGACCCCAGCCAGUACGCCCAGCCCACUCCCCUCCCGAAUCUCCAGAAUGGACCAGUCUAUGCCAGGGCCAUACAGAAGAGGGUGCCCAACGCCUACGACAAGACCGCCCUGGCCUUGGAGGUGGGCGACAUGGUGAAGGUGACCAAAAUAAACGUGAACGGCCAGUGGGAGGGCGAAUGUAAAGGCAAGCAUGGCCACUUUCCUUUCACGCACGUCAAGCUGCUGGACCAGCACAGCGCCGAGGACGAACUGAGCUGAGGGCGGACCGCCGCUCCACCACCUGGACACUAGUACUAGACCCUUCCUCACCUCUCUUUUUCUCACCUACUCCCCCUCCACCCAUCCUGCUCACUACCCCCAACCCCCUUUCUCCCCGAGCUUUUAGCCGCACCAAGUACAGUUUCUGAGAAUCACCAAGAACAAAGCAGGCCCCUCGUCGGACCCCCUCCACCCUGCCGUGAUCCGUUUCUACUCGUAUUAAUAAUCACCUCCUCUUCCUCCUCGUCCUUCCUGCUCUCCCAGACUGCAACACGGAAGAUGAACCCGCCUCUGCUGCUCCACGGACUCGGCGACCGCUCCCUGUAACUCGUUCCUGCCGUGGACGGCUUAUCGACGCUCGCUCCUAAGGAGACUCCUUGACGCAGCGUUCAACCACUUCCUCUUCCUGUGUGGAAACCAGUAAUGGCUGCUGUCUUUUUUAUUUUAUUUUAUUUUUUUUAUUUUAAUCUUCCACUAAGGGUCACUCAGGCUGCAUUCAUGCCAGAUGGGAAAACAGAACGUUUGCUCUAAUAAUAACUGGUUUCCAUGAGUCUUCAAAGAUUUUAGCGAUUCAACUUAAUAUUUGACAUUCAGAUCCUCAUGUAUUGAAAUAAGGAGAAAUGAUUUUAGUUCUCUUGUUGCGUCUUCAUCAUCCACGGAUUUUAGGUGUCAGUUCCCUAUUCCCGUCUCGAUUUUAAACCUAUUUUUAAAAAGUCCUUUUAAUCUAAACAUGCUCACAGUUCCGACAUUAUCUUUCCGUCUUUGUUUGUGUGAAGUCAGAUUUCCUCAUGAAGUUCUUUUGAAGUAGAGAUUCACCAAUGUUGAUUUUAAAUAACUUUACAUGCUGGUACCAACUUUUAGCUGAUUCCAGCUUCUCUUUAGGAACCUUAGGAACAAAAACGGGAUGUAUUUCUGUUCUGGCUGCCAUUUUCAGCCAUUAGAAAUUAAAUUAGGAGAAGAGACAACGUCAUGUCAUUCACUGGAAAACGGUUUUACAAGAGAAAGUGAUUAUAUUUGACGUUUUGAGCUGCCUUUAGCUCAACUAGCUUGAUGAGAACAACUGCCUCAGUGUGUAUUACACUGAGUUUUCCAAAAUUCUCAGUGUAAAAAUGUAGAAAUCAGUUUAUACAUUUUCCAUACUGGUUUAUUUUUUAUUAAUCUGUACAGCACUUUGAGCUGCUUUUAGUAUGAAGGGUGCUUUAUAAUUAAAACUGAUUGAUUGAUGGAUUGGUUGAAAAGUCUGCAGUGGUAGGAUUUCUGUUUUGUCUUUGGCGUAAGCCCAUGAGCCAUUUCUUCUUCUAGCGCUAGAAUCACAUGUUUGUUUUGGUUGUAUUUACCCAGAAUGCCCUGUGAACUUCUUGCAUUGGAGCAAUCUCCAGUCCGCUUCCAUUCACAUUAUGCAUUCAAACCUCGUCAGAGUUUAUGUCAACCAAACCGAGACCUAGGUUUUUAGCCAGAACAGUUAGCUUUUUUUGGUCCUCAUCGGAGUCUGACUGCGCGUUCACACCUCCGCAAACCAACCGGACCUUCCAGGCAAACAAAUGAGAGUUUGAUUAAAGCGGACUAACCACGGCUGGUAUGAAAAAAUGACUGUCAUUGCAACUAUAACAACUUCCACUCCGAAGAUUGGCGAUAUUUCAGUAUGCAAACCAUCAACUGACCAUCAUCGGUCAGUUGACCAGAUCAUUUUAUUUAAUGAUCUGGAGAAUUCUCGAUACUUCUCCACUUUAAGUUUGCAUUGAUUCUGAUGAAAACGAACGGAAACCACAAAAGCCAAUCGGAGCUACUCAGAGUUUUCAUCCCCGACCUGAGGCGUGCUCCGUCUCAUUGUUGAAGGACUCCUUCCUUUACUGGCCAUGAAUGCAGCAGUAUCCUGUGUGAACCCCUGACUUUGAAGGACUGAAGCAGCGGGGCUCGUAUUCAGCAGCGAACCGUUACCAAAAAGACAUGAAGGCGUAGACCUCGGUUAAAUGGAGUAUCGAACACUCGAGUCCAAACCAGCAGCUACAGUAAGAGCAACUGGACGUAGUCGCAGCCCAUGGAGAAACCGCGAGACUGUUGACGAGGUGGGGAUAAAGGCAACACUACAUUCUCUCACCUGAACCUCGCUCCACCGAUCACCUCCAACCACGCACCACCAAGUAGUCCUUUGUAGGAUUCAUAGAACAUAUUGUUAUGGAAUGAUGUAACUGUGGUUCUCAUUUCAUGCUGAGUAUUGUUUAUAUCUUACUAGUUGUCUUCAUAGCUGCUUUGAUUUUUAACAUUGGGAGGGCACUACAUCUCUCUGUGGCAGAGGAACUGACCGACCCUCGCAUGUUCUCACUCUGCCUCCGAUGGACACGAUUGAA